AUGUCGUUCGCCAACAAUACCCCACGAUAUGAAGCUUUGAAUUCAGAUGAAGCCCGUCUCCCAGAUGGCAUGGAACGCGUCGGCUACGAUGAACAAACUUCCACAUACACCUACCUAGACCACACCGACAACAGCUACUGGGAAGGGGAGGCAGGAUCCAGAUAUGGUGUAUUGCACCGCCAAGGACAUCCCAGGGACCCCGUGUCGCAGAGCUAUAGCUCAUCAGCCAAGGCCGACUGUGCGUACUUUUUGCCAUUUGCGUUGAUCAUAUGUAUGGUCUUGGCAACGUUCUUCUGGUAUGUGGGAGGAACGAGAAAUGUCAAGGCUGUGCAUUGUGGUGAAGGGUGGGAGAGCUAUGUGCCGGUGAGGGGAGAUACUUGUUGGAGUAUUGUAGAUGAAAGAGGUUUGAGCGUGGAGGAAUUACUGGCGGGUAAUCUGGAGUUGGCCUGCGGGGAGUUGAAGGCUGGUUGGCCGAUCUGUGUGCCGAGUGUGAGAGAAGGAGGAUUGUAUGUGAGAGAAGGAUGA